AUGCUUGUUCCACCAAUUCUUCGUCAGGCUAUUCUUGAUGCGAAACCAUUACCAGCUGAACAUGGUGAACAUUUUCUUGUUUAUCAAAGUAGUUUUCCGGAUGACUUAGCACGUGCCAAAGGUGUCAUUGCCAAUGGUGGACUUUCGCUUAUGAACGAAGCAGUAAGCUUACAGCGACCAUUUUUCAGUGUAUCAGUCGAGAAUCAAUAUGAGCAAGUGCUUAAUGCAUCGUAUUUGGAGGGUGUGGGUGGGUGCGGGUGUGGGUGUGGGUGCGGGUGUGGGUGUGGGUGUGGGUGUGGGUGUGGGUGUGGGUGUGGGUGUGGGUGUGACUGUGGGUGUGGGUGCGGGUGUGGGUGCGAGUGUGGGUGUGGGUGUGGGUGUGGGUGUGGGUGUGGGUGUGGGUGCGGGUGUGGGUGCGGGUGUGGGUGUGGGUGUGGGUGUGGGUGUGGGUGUGGGGUGUGGGUGCACAAAAGAUUCGUCUACACCCACCCCCACCCCCACCCACCCACACUCACACCCACACCCACACCACGCCCAGCCAGACCCAGACCCACACCCACACCACACCCAUCCACGCCCACACCCACACCCACCCACACCUGCCCACACCCACACCCAC